AUGGCAAACCCAAUCGCCUCUCCCCGGCCCUCUGGGGUGGGAGGGGGAGAGGACCCCUUUGUGUCUGUAGCGAACCCGCCUAGCACCGCGAGACAUAUUCGCUAUUCCACCCUCGAUCCGCAGAUAUUUUCCUUCAGUCUCGGCACAUCGGCAGAACAAGCAAAGCGAGCUCUUCAGGCUCAUCUGCUCGAGACAAAUCGCAAACUGGAACAAGUGGGCAAGUCUGGCACUGCACUGGUUGAACACCGCAGGCAGAUCGAGGAGCAGAUGAAGGAGGUGGAGCAGCUUCAAUCCGAGGAGGAGGUACCAUCUGAACUGAAAAAGACUCUCGUAAAUCUCGAGCGGGACUAUAGCGAGGUGACAAGAGAGACCUCGAGGACCUUGCUUCCCAAACAGAGGAUACCAAGCAACGAGGCUGCCGCCGGCUCGCCGUUUGCCCCCGAAGGAAAGGGCGGCAGGCGCUCAGUCAGCCCGUCCAAAUUCGAAAGCCAAGCUACGGGCUCCCCGACCAAGUUGAGCGUGCCAAAUCGCAGGUCGCGCAACCAGCCGGCGAACCGGAUUCACGAUAUCGAAUUUGCGGCCGAGAUCAGCACGAGUCUCAUAUCUCAAGUCCGUAACCUGCAGUCGCUGCUUGCCGAACGUGACGAGGAACUCCGAGAUAUCAAGCUGGAGAAAUCAAAGCUGGAAUUGGAUGCCGAGAACUUCCAACAGCGCGUCAAGAGCCUGGACGAGAAUGAGCACCGCUACAAGGAUGAGAACUGGAAUCUGGAGACACAGCUACACGAGCUCAUAGCUUCCCAAAAGGAGGCUCAAGAGCGCGAGAAGAAGUUGACACAGGCCCUCAACGUCCUGCAGGCCGACAAGAACUUGACGCAAAGAGAGCUGGACGAGAUCAAGGUCACACACUCCAAGCUCGUGGAUGAGCAUGCUGCCGCCGUCAAGCACCACGACAUCGAGCUGGGGACCGUCAAGCGCAACAUGGUCAUGGCCGAGAGCGAGAGAUCUGCCAUGCAGCGCAAAAUCGACGAUCUCACGAGCCAGAAUCAGGAGCUCGCCAAGGCCUUUUCGAGCCAGAGAGGGAGGACACUGGAGCGAGACGUCAAUCUGGGAAUGAGUGACGAGGACCUCGAAACGGCGACUGACAACGCCACACCAGAGCAUUCGCCCCCUCCUUCGCCCGUAAAAGGCACACCGCGCCACCCAAUGCUCGAGUCUGAAACGCUCAAGACAUCUCUGCACCAUGCGCAGCGAACCAUUCAAAGCCUGAGGGCCAACAACCAUCGCGACAAGACCGAGAAGUUGGAGCUGAAGCGCAUCGUCCAGGACCUCCGCGACGAGAUGGAGCGCAUGAGAGGAGGAGAUGCAUCCAACAGCGCGACUCGACGCACCCGCAAAAUGGACUCUCGCGAAUUCAAGAAACCCCUCAAGCCGGGCCAGCUCGGCGGAGCUCGUGCCAGUCGCAGCGACAUCUAUCUCGAUGAUGACCCCGACUGGGAGGAUCAAGCCGGCCAAGCCUCGAGCCCCACGCGUGCACCUGCCGAACGCAAUGUGCUGCCGACGACGGAAAUGCCCGCGGUGCUCGAGUCCAGUGAUCAUUUCGAGACGGCCCACGAGACGAGUGACGGUGCGUUUGAGACUGCCAACGAUGAGCGUGCUACCGAGACGGAGGAGUUUCAGACUGGUGCCGAGGAGCUGAGCGACGACGACGACGACGCGGCCACGGAAACCGAGGGGGCACCCACGGGGUUGGGCCGACGACUAAGGCGCCCGCCUUCUCUAGGACUGACGCAGAGCCGCACACGAUACUCGUACCACAGCACAGCCUCAACUUCGACCGACGAGGAUGACUAUUCGGUAUCUAGUGUCAAGACCCCCACUGCGCUACCACCCCAGAAGAUGCGCGUCCGGCUUAGUCGUGCCACACUCUCAUCGUCGCGCCGCUCACGACAGGCGAGCGAAGAGCCCACAUUCCAGAGCAGUCCUGCCAGCUUCGCCACGAGCAGCGUGUCGGGUACCCCGCAGGCAGCCGGGCAAAGCCUCUUUGCUGAGCUGGGAGACUUUGAUGGGAGCGACGAUGAGUCUCUGGUGGCAACCCCGAGCAGGCGCAGCGUGCGUUCCAUGACUCCUGCCUCGAUUGUGCACCGGAGGCGUUCGCCUGUCCCCGAGGUUCCCCCGCUGCCCAAGGCCGUCAUGGUCGACAGUGGCAUGAUGACGGAGCCGGCCUCUCUCGCCAUGUCCUACAUACUGGCCGAGAAGGUCGAGCCGGUGAGCGAGCCAACAAUCCUCCCACCCACUCUUGGCAUCUCGGGCAUCCAGACGGAGCAUAUCGAGCCAGUGAGCGAGCCCAAGCUUCCAUCUCCGACGCUUCGCUUGUCUGGACUUCAAAUCGAGCAUGUUGAGCCUGUCAUGGAGCCCGAGGUUUUGUCACCUGCCUUGAUACUUUCGGCCAUCCGUGCCGAGUCUGUUGAGCCGGCCUCCGAGCCUGAGAUCAUUUCACCUACCCCUAUCUGUCUGAGCCUGUCGGCCAUCCGGGUCCAAGAUGUGGAGCCUUUGCCCGAACCUGGUGCACUAGCUCCGCCUCUCUGUCUCAAUAUGUCGACGAUACAGGCCACAGAAAUCGAGCCAGUUGUCGAGGCGGUAGAACUGCCUCCCGCGCCUCCCACGCUCGUACUUUCUCUUUCUACAAUCCAGAUGGAACAUGUUGAGCCUCGGCGUGAGACCGAGUCACCCGCAGCCCCCGCUCCUGCUUUGAGCAUAUCUGCCAUCAUUGCUGAAGAGGUCGUGCCCAUCGAGCAGCCCGAACCGGCAGUUUCUCCCGCGCCCGUUGCGCUCCUGGCCGCGGUACCUACCAAGACUCAACCUGCCCCAGUCACCCUAGGGUUAUCGGGCAUUCUGGCGCAGUAUGAAGUGGCUCCAGUUCAGCCAGAGCAGUCACAACCGGCCCCCGCUGUUCCAGAGGUCUUGUCUUUUUCCAACAUCCAGGUCCAGGACGUGGAACCAAUCGUCGAGGCCCCCGUGUCUCCCGUUUAUCCAACCCUCACCCUUUCCCAGAUCCAAGGACAAGGCCUGGAGCCCCAAGCCGAGUCCGAGACCUGUGCCCCUGCGCUUGCGCUUGCGCUUGCGUUCUCACCCAUCCAAGCGGAACACCUGGAGCCCUCGGCCGUGCCGGAAACCUUCUUCUCCACCUUUGCCUUCUCCCCCAUCCUGUCGCAAGUUCUGGACCCUUGUGUCGAGCCCGAAUUACCGGCUCCCGCGCUGUCUCUAUCGGCAAUCGCCGCGCAGCAUGUCGAGCCUGUCAGCCCUACCAAACUUCCGCUGCCCGGUCUGUCGCUGUCACGUAUCUCGACCGAGCAUGUGGAGCCGGUUCAGUCUAUCGGCCUCGGUCCCGUGGUGCCUGAGCUCGGCUACUCUGGCGUCGUCACAUCGGUGAACACCCGUCCAGCUCCUUCCCCAAGCCCGAAGCGUAAUGGCUUCACCUUCACGCUUCCCCGCGGCAAAGACGUUCCCAGAACUCCCACCAAUGCUAUUUUUAGAGUUGGCCGAGCCAAGGGCAAGGGCAAGGCGCCCGAAUCGCCCAUCAUUGCCGAGGAUGAUACACGUCAAUCCCUCAGCGACUCUCCUGUUGCCCAAACUCCCGAGUCACAGAGACCGCUCAAGGAACUCCCAACCAACACCAAUACCAAGCCCAUGCGGAAGCAAAUGACUGCCACGGCGGACCAGGGAGCUCAGACGGCUCUGACGGCCGACGCCAUCGACCAAAUCAUGCGUUUGAGGACCAAAACCGGCAGCCCUGACGAUGGGCACCGACGGAACGAGUCUUUUGGCACGAGUGUGGGCACCCCUGGCACUAUACGGGUACGACGAUCCCAGGAGAGCAUUGGCAGCGUCAUCCACCACCACAAGAGCAAGCCCGAUGGAGCUUUCGACCCCGACAUGGCCCCUCCGAGGCGGCCCGGGAGUGCUGCAAGCCGGGCCUCGUUCCAGGCCGCGGCGCUGCCACCGUUGCCACCCAACCAUAAACAGGCUAUCGAGGCCGCACGAAGCAACUCGUCGGGCGGCGUAAGCGGCACCAUCGGCACUAUCGGCACUAUCGGCACCAUCGGCACCAUCGGCACCAUCGGCACCAUCGGCACCAUGGGCCCCCCGCUACUGCCAGCUUCAGCUUAUCGUAACGCGUCCAUCCGACCGCGCACCCCCAGCGGCUCCCAUCCGCUUUCGCCCGUCUCGGCCACGUUCGGACGCGGCACGCCGAUACCGAGGCCCAUUCGAUCGAACUCGGCUCUUGGUGCGGCCGAGGUGUAUCCCAGCCCUUCGCGUAUCACGGCACAUAGUAGGCAGUCGUCGAUUUCGUCGUUUGCUUCCGAGGUGGACGCGCGGUUCAACACGCAGAACGGCAUACCGAGCCAGCACAGCCACGGGUUCGAUCCCAACACGGACCCCCGCAUGAUCCAGGCCAUCACGCAAACCAUGAUUGGCGAGUAUCUGUGGAAGUACACGCGCAAGGCCGGCCGCGGUGAGAUGUCGGAGAAGCGCCACCGACGCUAUUUCUGGGUGCAUCCCUACACCAGGACCCUGUACUGGAGCGACCGCGACCCGUCAUUGGCCGGUCGUUCAGAGCUGCGGGCCAAGAGCGUGCCCAUUGAGGCCGUCCGUGUCGUCACCGAUGACAACCCCAUGCCUCCCGGCCUUCACCGCAAGAGCUUGGUUAUCCUAUCCCCAGGCCGCACCAUCAAGUUUACGUGUACUACGGGUCAGCGACACGAGACAUGGUUCAAUGCGCUCUCGUACCUGCUGCUCCGCACCGAUGUUGAAGGGCAUGCCGACACGGAGGAGAUUGCUGAGCACAUCACGAGUGAAGAUGUCGACGAAUUCAACCCUCAGAUGGGGCGGCGCCCCGUCGUCAUGAGCACUCGCGCGUCCACGCGAGCCCCACCUUCGUUAAUGUCUUACAACUCACGCACCACCCGGAACGAAUCCCCGGCCAUGGUCAAUGUUUCUUUGGACGUGCCGACCUUGAUGCCAUCCCCUCAAAAGAAGAAGGAUCAGCGGCCUUCACUGGGGACGCUCAGCCGUCUGAGUGGCUACUGGCGAUCAAGCCAGCUGGGAACUCUACGAAGCAGGAGCGUCGGCGCCCAAGAACGAUCCAUAUAUGAGGCGAGCGAGGUGCAUGAUAGCGCCGAGGACCUGAGGGCCAUGUACGAGGCACAGGACCGCGAGUCUGCGAGGCUGGAGAAUGUCAGAGCCUGCUGCGAUGGAAAACACGAUGUGGCCACCCUCACAAAGCGAGGCAACCACUCACACACCCACACCCACACCCACCCCAACCAGCCGUCGACGGCAGCCUCCAUGGCUGCCACCGGCUCCAUGGCUGCCACCGGCUCCAAGGCCUAA